AUGGGCCAUGUGCAACGACGACUCGCAUCUACGACGGCGAAGUUAGCAUCUUCUCUCUCCACCGCACAUCUACAGAAAUUUCCUCCAAAAGAGCUUCUCUUUGUGAAAGGCAGAGAAAUUCCGACAGCGACCAUUGACCCGGAAACCUGGGCUUCCUUACAACCUCCUCCACCGACCGCUUUAUCUGCAUUCGCCCACAGAAUAGGCCUUUCUUCUGUCCUCACUUCAACAGAAGUCAUACAGCAAGUAUGCACUCACCCCUCUUUCCUCCAGCAUUUUAAACAACAUAAACCGCACGAGCAAGAACCGGCGACGAAUGGUCAACUUGCCGCAAUAGGGAAUUCAUUAAUGGGUCUUUUUGCAACGGAAUAUGUUAGAGCAACAUAUCCUUACCUUCCAACGCGUGUCAUGAAAGCCGCUGUCACUGCCCAUGUGGGGCCAUUGCCUUGUUCAAAUGUUGCGCAAGAAAUGGGUGCAACUCCUUUGCUACGAUGGCAUAGAUCACGUGGUACACUGUUGAAACCUGGUGUUCUACAUUCCGACGCGUUAGCAUCAAUACCAAGAGCGCUCACUGCUCUUGUGUAUCAACGACGUUCUCUUCCAUCUGCCCGACAAUUCGUUCAUUCCUAUUUCCUUAGUCGAGAAGUGGACUUACGUGGAAUGAUCAAGUUUCUUGACCCAAAGAAGGCACUACUGGAGAUGGUGAAAAAAUUUCAACGGGAGCUUCCAAAAUCUAGAUUAUUAAAAGAGACUGGUCGUUAUUCAAAUUCACCUGUCUUUGUCGUUGGCAUAUUCUCGGGAGAGGACCAACUGGGAGAAGGCUUCGGAAGUUCACUGAAAAUGGCGGAAUAUCGUGCCGCGGAAGACGCACUCCUUCGUGUUUACCUUACACGGACACCACCACAUCUCAUUCAGCUGCCGUCACAAACAUUCCCUAUGGGUGUUGGCGAUGUCUACAGGAAAGCUCCAGAAGGUGACUACAAAUCUGCGGAUCUAGUCGAAUCGGAGAUCAUGUAUGCCAGCUCGGGCAACAGCUUUACACGUAGCUCAUAA